AUGGACGGCGAAGCAGAAGCUGCUCCCAAAAGACGACGAGUAGUGGUGGGUCAGAGACAGCGACUUGCCGCCGCCGAAGCUCAGCAGGACCAGCCGUCUGUUUCUGAAAGUUUUUUGGCCAAGGACCUGAAGGAAAGAUGGUCUUGGGGCGAUUUGUCUGUCCAGGCCAUGCAGGCACUGGCUGCGAAGGCUGUCAAAGACUUCGAGAAUUGUGGAGCAAAGGCCCCAACGGAGUUGCAAGCUCUGGCGAAGCUGGGUUCAGGCGGCAUCCACCCUAACAACAUGAGACGUGAGAUCAUGAAAAUUACAGAAGUUGGUUGCAGAUUGCCGCCUUUGCAGCGGACUGCUCUACAGUUCAAGCAGCCCUGGGGAAAUCAGCCCCAGCUCAUGAUGCUGCCUCAUGAGAUGUUCUCCGCCUUGUACGAGAAUUACCACGAAGCUUUCAAGCGGUACGUGGUGGCCGAUGCGAAUGUCUUGCAGGAGUUCUGGCGGCUACAGAAGAAGCACCCGCAGUUCAAAGACCACCCUGUGGUAAGCCAGGCUUCCUUUGAGCCUCGAAAGUUCGUGCCGCUUUCUUUACACGGCGAUGGAACACCUGCAAUAGGUGUCGGGAAGAUAUGGAGCCGAAUGUUAACCACCUGGAGCUGGUGUAGCCUGGUUGGUGGUCCUGCCUGGACCAAGGAUUCGCAACUGCCCAUUUAUUUCCUCUUCGAUGAAACAGAUGACGGCACAGCAGCGACUACCUUCCUCAGCAUGCUGGCCUGGAGCUUCAAGGUGCUGCAAGAAGGUCUUUGGCCCUUUGCAGACCACAAGGGCAACCUGUACCCGCCCACGAGCGACCUGGGCCGUAAGGCAGGAUCGCCCUUGGCGGGGGGGUGGAAAGGCGUCAUCUGGGCAUUGGUCGGCGAUCUUGAGUAUAUGGUCUCAAGAUUGAACAUGCCACAUUUUGGCCAAAAGCACAACCCGUGCGGCCUUUGCAAAUGCUCGGGCGACGAGACUUCCACCUCCUGGAGGAAUUGCAAACCGACAGCGCCAUGGCUCAGCAUGCAAUGGUCUUUGGCAGAGUGGCGGUCUUUUCCGGACCGCCCGAAAAACCCGCUGUUCGACAGCGGAGUAUGCUCUGCACUCAGUUGCCACAUGGACUACAUGCACACGAAGUACUUGGGGCUGGAUCCUCUGGGAUUCGGGAGUGUGCUGAGCUUGCUCGUCAACUUCGUGUUGCCCGACUCACCUCUCGCGAAUUUGCGAUGUGUGUGGGAGCACCUGCUCAGCUCCUACAAAGCCUUGAAAAUCGUGGAAAGGUUCAGGGGCAUGAGAAAGCUCAGUCUUUUUCAGAGGAAGAAGCUCCCGCCGAAACUCAAGGGGAGAGCCAUGCAGAUCCAGGCUCUGGGGGAACCACUACUCCUCUGCUGGCAGAAUUUCAUGAACAAAGACCUCGAAAUUCACCUCAAGAUCGAGAACUACUUGAAGGUGAAUCUAGCCCUCGAGAAGAUCCUGCAUGCUACGAGGACCGAGAUGGCCAUGCCUCCAGACCAUGCGGAGAAGUUCAAGAAAUUGGCUUUCGGGCUCUGCCAGCUGCACCGACAGCUGCGGGAACACUUUGAAGGAAACUACUUCGCAGACCUCCCGAAGAUGCAUUUCUUCUUGCAUGCCUGCCUUUUGGCAGAUGUGCUGCAUCCCCGGCUCACAUGGUGCUUCAAAGGAGAGGAUCUUCAGAAGAUCUCUCGAACCUUGGCUGGCUCCUGCUGCCGGGCUGUGACCGGCCCUCGGGCUGCGGCAAAAAUGUCGCAGCAGCUCCGCAUAGCUUGGCACUUGCGGCUGGACAGGUACUUGGGGACACGAUUACGUUACCAUCCCAAGCGGGUGGCUGUGAGCAACUUAGCACGGUACUUGGGGACACGAUUACGUUACCAUCCCAAGCUGGUGGCUACGUUACCAUCCCAAGCUGGUGGCUGUGGGCAACUUAGCACGGUACUUGGGGACACGAUUACGUUACCAUCCCAAGCUGGUGGCUGUGAGCAACUUAGCACGGUACUUGGGGACACGAUUACGUUACCAUCCCAAGCGGGUGGCUGUGAGCAACUUAGCACGGUACUUGGGGACACGAUUACGUUACCAUCCCAAGCGGGUGGCUGUGAGCAACUUAGCACGGUACUUGGGGACACGAUUACGUUACCAUCCCAAGCUGGUGGCUGUGGCAACUUAGCACGGUACUUGGGGACACGAUUACGUUACCAUCCCAAGCUGGUGGCUGUGAGCAACUUAGCACGGUACUUGGGGACACGAUUACGUUACCAUCCCAAGCGGGUGGCUGUGAGCAACUUAGCACGGUACUUGGGGACACGAUUACGUUACCAUCCCAAGCUGGUGGCUGUGAGCAACUUAGCACGGUACUUGGGGACACGAUUACGUUACCAUCCCAAGCGGGUGGCUGUGAGCAACUUAGCACGGUACUUGGGGACACGAUUACGUUACCAUCCCAAGCUGGUGGCUGUGAAUUGUGGCAAGCUGGUGGCUGUGAGCAACUUAGCACGGUACUUGGGGACACGAUUACGUUACCAUCCCAAGCGGGUGGCUGUGAGCAACUUAGCACGGUACUUGGGGACACGAUUACGUUACCAUCCCAAGCUGGUGGCUGUGAGCAACUUAGCACGGUACUUGGGGACACGAUUACGUUACCAUCCCAAGCUGGUGGCUGUGAGCAACUUAGCACGGUACUUGGGGACACGAUUACGUUACCAUCCCAAGCUGGUGGCUGUGAGCAACUUAGCACGGUACUUGGGGACACGAUUACGUUACCAUCCCAAGCUGGUGGCUGUGAGCAACUUAGCAACGGUACUUGGGGACACGAUUACGUUACCAUCCCAAGCUGGUGGCUGUGAGCAACUUAGCACGGUACUUGGGGACACGAUUACGUUACCAUCCCAAGCUGGUGGCUGUGAGCAACUUACGGUACUUGGGGACACGGUACUUGGGGACACGAUUACGUUACCAUCCCAAGCUGACGGUACUUGGGACGUUACCAAGCUGGUGGCUGUGAGCAACUUAGCACGGUACUGGGGACACGAUUACGUUACCAUCCCGGGUGGCUGUGGGCAACUUAGCACGGUACUUGGGGACACGAUUACGUUACCAUCCCAAGCUGGUGGCUGUGAGCAACUUAGCACGGUACUUGGGGACACGAUUACGUUACCAUCCCAAGCUGGUGGCUGUGAGCAACUUAGCACGGUACUUGGGGACACGAUUACGUUACCAUCCCAAGCGGGUGGCUGUGAGCAACUUAGCACGGUACUUGGGGACACGAUUACGUUACCAUCCCAAGCUGGUGGCUGUGAGCAACUUAGCACGGUACUUGGGGACACGAUUACGUUACCAUCCCAAGCGGGUGGCUGUGGGAAACUUAGCACGGUACUUGGGGACACGAUUACGUUACCAUCCCAAGCGGGUGGCUGUGGGCAACUUAGCACGGUACUUGGGGACACGAUUACGUUACCAUCCCAAGCUGGUGGCUGUGAGCAACUUAGCACGGUACUUGUGGACACGAUUACGUUACCAUCCCAAGCGGGUGGCUGUGAGCAACUUAGCACGGUACUUGGGGACACGAUUACGUUACCAUCCCAAGCGGGUGGCUGUGAGCAACUUAGCACGGUACUUGGGGACACGUACUUGGGGACACGAUUACGUUACCAUCCCAAACUGGUGGCUGUGGGCAACUUAGCACGGUACUUGGGGACACGAUUACGUUACCAUCCCAAGCUGAGUGGCUGUGAGCAACUUAGCACGGUACUUGGGGACACGAUUACGUUACCAUCCCAAGCGGGUGGCUGUGAGCAACUUAGCGCGGUACUUGGGGACACGAUUACGUUACCAUCCCAAGCGGGUGGCUGUGAGCAACUUAGCACGGUACUUGGGGACACGAUUACGUUACCAUCCCAAGCUGGUGGCUGUGGGCAACUUAGCACGGUACUUGGGGACACGAUUACGUUACCAUCCCAAACUGGUGGCUGUGGGCAACUUAGCACGGUACUUGGGGACACGAUUACGUUACCAUCCCAAGCUGGUGGCUGUGAGCAACUUAGCACGGUACUUGGGGACACGAUUACGUUACCAUCCCAAGCGGGUGGCUGUGAGCAACUUAGCACGGUACUUGGGGACACGAUUACGUUACCAUCCCAAGCGGGUGGCUGUGAGCAACUUCGCACGGUACUUGGGGACACGAUUACGUUACCAUCCCAAGCGGGUGGCUGUGAGCAACUUAGCACGGUACUUGGGGACACGAUUACGUUACCAUCCCAAGCGGGUGGCUGUGAGCAACUUAGUACGGUACUUGGGGACACGAUUACGUUACCAUCCCAAGCGGGUGGCUGUGAGCAACUUAGCACGGUACUUGGGGACACGAUUACGUUACCAUCCCAAGCGGGUGGCUGUGAGCAACUUAGCACGGUACUUGGGGACACGAUUACGUUACCAUCCCAAGCUGGUGGCUGGGGGCAACUUAGCACGGUACUUGGGGACACGAUUACGUUACCAUCCCAAGCUGGUGGCUGUGGGCAACUUAGCACGGUACUUGGGGACACGAUUACGUUACCAUCCCAAGCUGGUGGCUGUGAGCAACUUAGCACGGUACUUGGGGACACGAUUACGUUACCAUCCCAAGCUGGUGGCUGUGGGCUACUUAGCACGGUACUUGGGGACACGAUUACGUUACCAUCCCAAGCUGGUGGCUGUGAGCAACUUAGCACGGUACUUGGGGACACGAUUAUUACUGUACUAUCCCACGUCGGGUGGCUGUGGCAACUUAGCCAACGCACGGUCUUUUGGGGGGGGGACCCAAAAACGAUUACGUUACCAUUCCAAGCGGGUGGCUGUGAGCAACUUAGCACGGUACUUGGGGACACGAUUACGUUACCAUCCCAAGCGGGUGGCUGUGAGCAACUUAGCACGGUACUUGGGGACACGAUUACGUUACCAUCCCAAGCGGGUGGCUGCGAGCAACUUAGCACGGUACUUGGGGACACGAUUACGUUACCAUCCCAAGCGGGUGGCUGUGAGCAACUUAGCACGGUACUUGGGGACACGAUUACGAUACCAUCCCAAGCGGGUGGCUGUGAGCAACUUAGCACGGUACUUGGGGACACGAUUACGUUACCAUCCCAAGCGGGUGGCUGUGAGCAACUUAGCACGGUACUUGGGGACCCGAUUACGUUACCAUCCCAAGCGGGUGGCUGUGAGCAACUUAGCACGGUACUUGGGGACACGAUUACGUUACCAUCCCAAGCGGGUGGCUGUGAGCAACUUAACACGGUACUUGGGGACACGAUUACGUUACCAUCCCAAGCUGGUGGCUGUGGGCAACUUAGCACGGUACUUGGGGACACGAUUACGUUACCAUCCCAAGCUGGUGGCUGUGAGCAACUUAGCACGGUACUUGGGGACACGAUUACGUUACCAUCCCAAGCGGGUGGCUGUGAGCAACUUAGCACGGUACUUGGGGACACGAUUACGUUACCAUCCCAAGCGGGUGGCUGUGGGCAGCUUAGCACGGUACUUGGGGACACGAUUACGUUACCAUCCCAAGCUGGUGGCUGUGAGCAACUUAGCACGGUACUUGGGGACACGAUUACGUUCAACCCAUCCCAAGCGGUGGCUGUGAUCAACUACCACCGGUACUUGGGGACACGAUUACGUUACCAUCCCAAGCGGGUGGCUGUGAGCAACUUAGCACGGUACUUGGGGACACGAUUACGUUACCAUCCCAAGCUGGUGGCUGUGAGCAACUUAGCACGGUACUUGGGGACACGAUUACGUUACCAUCCCAAGCGAGUGGCUGUGAGCAACUUAGCACGGUACUUGGGGACACGAUUACGUUACCAUCCCAAGCGGGUGGCUGUGAGCAACUUAGCACGGUACUUGGGGACACGAUUACGUUGCCAUCCCAAGCGGGUGGCUGUGAGCAACUUCGCACGGUACUUGGACAGGGACUCCGAAUUACGCUUACCAUCCCCCAAGCUGGUGGCUGUGAGCAACUUAGCACGGUACUUGGGGACACGAUUACGUUACCAUCCCAAGCGGGUGGCUGUGAGCAACUUAGCACGGUACUUGGGGACACGAUUACGUUACCAUCCCAAGCUGGUGGCUGUGGGCAACUUAGCACGGUACUUGGGGACACGAUUACGUUACCAUCCCAAACUGGUGGCUGUGGGCAACUUAGCACGGUACUUGGGGACACGAUUACGUUACCAUCCCAAGCUGAGUGGCUGUGAGCAACUUAGCACGGUACUUGGGGACACGAUUACGUUACCAUCCCAAGCGGGUGGCUGUGAGCAACUUAGCGCGGUACUUGGGGACACGAUUACGUUACCAUCCCAAGCGGGUGGCUGUGAGCAACUUAGCACGGUACUUGGGGACACGAUUACGUUACCAUCCCAAGCUGGUGGCUGUGGGCAACUUAGCACGGUACUUGGGGACACGAUUACGUUACCAUCCCAAACUGGUGGCUGUGGGCAACUUAGCACGGUACUUGGGGACACGAUUACGUUACCAUCCCAAGCUGGUGGCUGUGAGCAACUUAGCACGGUACUUGGGGACACGAUUACGUUACCAUCCCAAGCGGGUGGCUGUGAGCAACUUAGCACGGUACUUGGGGACACGAUUACGUUACCAUCCCAAGCGGGUGGCUGCGAGCAACUUUUAGCACGGUACUUGGGGACACGAUUACGUUACCAUCCCAAGCGGGUGGCUGUGAGCAACUUAGCACGGUACUUGGGGACACGAUUACGGUACCAUCCCAAGCGGGUGGCUGUGAGCAACUUAGACUACAACAUGCUGUACACGUAUCUGACUCAGUCACUCUGGGUGAUGCUUCGCAGCGCCGAAAAUUUCGCCGUUCGUAGCGAUGCUCUUUUUCGGCAUGCGUUUGCCCUGGGACUGCGUCAUCCCAGCGAGAGCAGCAUGGGAGCGAUGACGGCGCUGUUGUCUUUGAGCGGCGAAGGCCUGAACACCUUCCAGUCACACAUGCUGUUGCAAUCGGUGAAAACAGCUUGGAAAGUCUCGCGAGCCCGAGUCUUUCUUGGGAUGGCAGAGCCCGAAGCGGCCGUUGCGGCGAGCAGCCUGCAGUGCAGUGAGUGCAAGAACACGGUACUUGGGGACACGAUUACGUUACCAUCCCAAGCGGGUGGCUGUGAGCAACUUAGCACGGUACUUGGGGACACGAUUACGUUACCAUCCCAAGCGGGUGGCUGUGAGCAACUUAGCACGGUACUUGGGGACACGAUUACGUUACCAUCCCAAGCGGGUGGCUGUGAGCAACUUAGCACGGUACUUGGGGACACGAUUACGUUACCAUCCCAAGCUGGUGGCUGUGAGCAACUUAGCACGGUACUUGGGGACACGAUUACGUUACCAAGCAACUUAGCACGGUACUUGGGGACACGAUUACGUUACCAUCCCAAGCUGGUGGCUGUGAGCAACUUAGCACGGUACUUGGGGACACGAUUACGUUACCAUCCCAAGCGGGUGGCUGUGAGCAACUUAGCACGGUACUUGGGGACACGAUUACGUUACCAUCCCAAGCGGGUGGCUGUGAGCAACUUAGCACGGUACUUGGGGACACGAUUACGUUACCAUCCCAAGCUGGUGGCUGUGGGCAACUUAGCACGGUACUUGGGGACACGAUUAUGUUACCAUCCCAAGCUGGUGGCUGUGGGCAACUUAGCAACGGUACUUGGGGACACGAUUACGUUACCAUCCCAAGCUGGUGGCUGUGAGCAACUUAGCAAUGGUACUUGGG